UUGACUGUCUCUGUUAUCUACGGACGAAGUAAGUCGUGUUGUUCAAACAUUAUACAAGAAAUCGCAUAAAAAUAAGAAUUUCCAUAUAAAUAAACAAUUGUAUAUUAACUUGUGAACAUUAAAAUUUUGUUCAGUUUGCUUUUUUUUCGUGGGAAUCUUGAAUUUGAGGUAUCGAAAACCCGAAAAGGUUGUGAAUAGAAGACAAAAUGAUCAAAAACAAACUGUAUCAGUACGGAAAUCAAAGUGGGCGUGUCCCAGCUCAUCUGAACUUUGGCAAAGAAGUCUAUGACAAUAUGGUAGCGAAUAAGGACAUUGUUGCAUUGGUAAACGCAGACAAUUCCGAGCAAAAAACAUAUGGAGAGCUAGCUCAAUUAACGGCUGAUAUUGCCCUCUCGCUCACUCGUAUAGGAAUUAGAAAGGGAGACAUAGUCUGCAUAUGUAGUGAGAAAAAUUUUGAAUUUCUGCCAACAGUUUUGGGCAUAAUGUGUUCAGGCGCUGUUUUCUCCCCUACUGAUCCUACGUAUGGCAGUCAUCCCCUCGCCCAUCGAGUGAGGAUAGUCCGUCCAAAAGUAGUCUUCUGCUCCCCAACCGCCUUCAAAGAGCACAAAGCAGUCUUUGACGAGGUCGGAUCCGUGCAGCACUACAUUUUAUAUGGAGAUCAGGCUCAAGAUGGAGCGAUACUCUUCAAAGACUUCCUGGUGAAGACCGUGGCUCUGGAAGACUUCGAGCCAGUUCCUGUGAACGGGUGGGAGGAUACAGCAUUCAUUGUCUACUCUUCUGGAACUACUGGUCUACCGAAAGGUGUUCCUGUUACUCAUAUAGGGUUUCUGUUGAACGCACAGAAUAUGGCUCUGGAUAGCUAUAAAGGACUGGUAAUUUACACGUCUCGUGAGUUCUAUUAUACAUAUGGGCUGAUGUAUGCCCUCGCCUGUUUGAGGUCCAACGCGACCCUCGUCUUCAACGUCAAGGGAGGAGAAGUCCAGAUGUUAGAAGCUGUGCAAAAGUAUAAGCCGACGGUCCUCCAGUUGGCUCCCAUGAUCAUCACGGAGCUCAUCAAGUCACCGAACCUGGACCUCUACGAUCACAGCUCAGUCAAGUACAUCGUAUCUUCCAGCACUUACAUCAGGCAGGACGCUGUGCUAGCUAUUAAGACGCGGAUACCGAGCCUGGUGUCAGUUCUCCAGCUGUACGGCAUGUCUGAAGGUGGAAGCAUCUGCAACGAGCUGGCUUGUACCAAGGGGUACAAGGCGGGCAGCUCCGGGCUACCCGGACUAGGGUUUAUCAUGAAGGUGGUAGACUUGGAGACGAGACAGCCCUUGGGUCCCAACCUUCGAGGGGAGAUCUGCAUUAAGGGGCCCAGCGUUAUGAAAGCAUACCUGGACAAUGUCCAGCCGGACUGCAAGGAUGAGGAGGGUUUCCUGAAGACCGGAGACAUCGGUUACUAUGACGAGGAUGGCUACUUCUUUGUCGUCAACAGAAUCAAGGAGCUUAUCAAGUUUAAUGAUGUUUCUGUGUCUCCAGCAGAAUUUGAAGACAUUCUACUCCAGCACCCCGCUGUUCGUGAGGUGGGUGUGGUGGGCAAACCUCAUCCUGUGCAUGGUGAGGUUCCAGUAGCCUUCAUAGUCCUGCAGUCAGGAGCUACAGCUUCUGAAGAAGAACUGGUGGAACAUAUUAACAGCAGGGUAACCUUCAGAAUGCGGUUAGCUGGUGGAGUCCGCUUCUUGGACCGCCUCCCCCGAGGAGCUGGAGACAAGCUGGACAGGUUAAACCUGAUGAAAAGACUAGUAGACGAGGAUGCCAACUGACAGAAGACCGUGCCGGUCUUUUGAGAAGACCAAUUCUUUAAAUAUAAAUAUAAACUGAAUAUUUUUGUAUAAGAUCUACUAUAUUCAUUAAGUUAUAUAGUCUACUCAUGGAACUGUACGACGGGAUAACUCGACUAGUUUCAAGCCAUAUUGGGGAUUCAUGGUCAAGCUGCGGACUAGCUAGCGGGUUUACCGGGCCUCCGGUUCGACAAGCAGGAGUAGGGGCGGGGUGGGUUUUAGUCAGUAAGAGUCUGACACUCCCUCUCUUACCUCUGGUACACUCUCUCUCGUCAAAAAUGGUCAUGAGGAGCAUGUGUGACAUACUUUGUUGAAUACGUGAUGCUCGCCGCGUUAUCUGUCAUGAAUAAAGCUCCUUGCAACAGCAACUGUGAGUCCCGACAUUUCUUGAAACUAAUUGAGUUUCUUUGUCGGACAGUUACGCGAGUAAACCGUAAAAUGUAAUUAAUAGAUAGAAUAUGUUUGCAGGGUUUGGCCAUUUAGUAUGGUUUUGAUAUUGCCAAUUUGAUAGGUAUGAUUAUUAAAAAAUCCAUUCUAUUUAGUCCGUAAAUUAAACAACAAAAAAAAUUGACGCGAUUUUUUUAUUUUCUUAGAUAUACUUCGAAGAUAUAUCGAUUUGAAAUACCCUGAGAAGUCAGUUCUACAUACGUUUUAUACGUAGAAAUGACGUUUUUGCUCCCACUCCUAAACUUUGAUUCGUUUUAUCUAAGUAUUGUUAUCGUAUAUAUAUAUGACAAAAUAAAAAAAUACAUGUCUAAUAUUUUUCAUUACCUAACUAACGGACUAAA